AUGGAUCCCACAGCGAGAUUUGGAGACCACACUUCUAUGGCUCGACGAGAUGAACGUGCGCCUAUGCAUGGAAUCCCCUUUAACAAUCACGGAAACAACAACCAGCCUCAGGCCAUCUCUUAUGGCAGUGAUGGCAUGGCCAGUUUUGGACAGGGAGGCUUUAACAACCAGUCUCUUCUGCCGCCUCAAGGGCCGCUAGGCUUUCCCGCACUUCAACAGGAUGUUGGGUUCUCUCUGCAAGGAAAUCUCGCUCCCAGGGUAGACCCUGGGUUUGGGUUUUGUUUGGUUGACCAAUGGCUCAUUCCGGAUGGCACGGCCAAUAUGAACGAUGUGUCGGUUGAUCAAAAUCUUCAGCGAAACCAUGGAUUUGGCCCUGUCUUGAUGCCUCGAGCGGGAGAUGUUCCAAUGAAUGGUCCACGGACUUUGUGGGAGUGCUGGUGCGAGACGCUAGCACUGUGGAACCCUGAUAGAUUCGCUCGGGACUUCGAAAAGGCCGUGUUUCCUUCCCUUCGACCAGCAGCAUCCGCAACCGGCAGCUUCGUGGAAGAGAACCCGGCCAAAGCCUUAGGUAAAAGAAAGGCUGAUGAAAUCCCCGCGGCGGCAGUUGUUCCACCGUCAAAAGUGCAGAAGCUGUCGCCGGAAAAGAUGACCGCCACCGCAGUUGACGGAGGACGUACGUCUAGCGCGUGCAACGCUCCGAUUCUUAGCACUUCAGAAGCGGCUGGUUCGGCGGCCUCUACGGCGGAAAGAGUCGCCAGUGCGCUAGAAGAUAGCCCGGUCUCUGCUGACCAGAAUAUCGAGUGUGGGGAGGAAAUCGUCGUUGCCGACCCUACGCGAGCGGAACAGGGGGAUGGCGAGGCUCUUGAUACCCCUCUGUGCAGGCUUCAGCUUCCUGUUGGAGAAGCCGAACCUCGAAUUGAUGAUGCCAACCCCCCGGAUCUAGGUGCAAGCCUUACCGGAGUGGACUUGGAUUUUCGAUCGGAGGCUGCCGGACAGGAUUCUGUUGGCCUCGCCCUGGCACGCAAGCCAAGGGAAGAAUUGCCCAUUCUAGUCGCAGCUCACGACUCCAAUGUCGAAGUCGAGGGGGGUGACGAUCAGAGCGUAGAGGCGAGCCUUGAAGCCAGCAAAAGCCGGAACAGCGACGAAGUUGUAGGUCCUGACAACAGCGCGGUGGUCGCCUAUCAGGUAGGAGCAGCAGAGUCCACUCCACCUGCACAGCCCCCAGCCCAGGUUCAGGCGCCCGCGCGGCAACAUACAGAAGUAAUCCAGAGAAAGACGUACAACUUCACUCGAGCUGCCAUCCUAAGUUCGCACCCUCUGCUGAUCGCCCGCCCUUCGAGCACGGAGCCCACGUCCCCAAUGUCUCCCGAGCAGAUGAAAGAGGCUCGAGAGCGCGACCGGGCGCUCCGAGGCGAAUACAUCAGGAUAGAGCUGGAAAUGGCGCGUAGGCUAGCGAGCAGUGGCAGCCAAGGUCCUUUUCAUGUCGGCGACUACCUCGUGAAUAUAGAUCCGACGAACGGACAUCCUAGGCUUCAGGGACUUCGCCUCGAGGUUAGGGUGAAGCAGACACCUAGGGAAUGA